UGGUCUUAUUACACAUGCAUGCUGCUGACCAGUACAACCACAACAACAAUGAGAGCUAUCAUUCAGAGGGUGAACAAGGCGACAGUGACAGUGGGAGAGGAGCAGAUCAGUUCAAUAGGACGAGGACUGUGUGUGCUGCUGGGUAUAUCUGUGGAGGACACCCAGAGGGAUGCUGACUACAUAGUACGCAAGAUCCUGAACCUGCGGCUGUUUGAGGACGAGAAUGGGCGAGCGUGGAGCAAAAGCGUCAUGGAUCGGGAAUUCGAGGUGCUGUGUGUGAGCCAGUUCACCCUGCAGUGCAUACUGAAGGGCAACAAGCCAGACUUUCACUCAGCCAUGCCUGCAGAGCUGGCUCAGCCUUUCUACAACAGCAUCCUGGAGAACAUGAGGAGCACCUACAAGCCCGAGCUCAUCAAAGAUGGGGCGUUUGGGGCCUACAUGCAGGUCCAGAUUCAAAAUGACGGACCUGUUACCAUCGAGCUGUCAUCACCUGCUGGUCCCACAGACCCCAAACAGCUGUCGAAGCAGGAGAAGCAGCAGCAGAGGAAAGAGAAGACGCGCUCCAAGGGCCCCUCGGAGUCUAGCAGGGAGAAGGGCGCCCUGCGUUCCCGACAGGACCCCAACGCCAGCAGUGGGGCGGAGGGUGACGUGUCUUCAGAGAGGGAGCCCUAGGUCAGCAGGAUGUCAUUAUCGGGGACAUGACGGUGAGCCCAGUUUACUCAAGAAGGCCUUAAUCCUCAGUGACUCAUAGACCUGAAUGUGGACUGUCCUUCCUGUUUUGGAGAUCAGCAGGAUUCUCUCGGGCCUGUCACAGAUCAUCGUCCCCUCUUCGCUGGUGUCCUCAACCUCUCUCUUCCAAAAUCAGAUAGGGACCGGCAAGGUGUAAACAAAGUAACGAAUGAAAAUGUCUAGCAGCAAAGCAGUGCCCAGUUUUCUGAGAUUUAUGAAGGGAGAUUGAGCAAGGGUGCACAGAAGACAUGGGACCCAACAGCAGCAUUGCACUGCACUCUGGUCCUGUAGCUUUCUGUGCUCUCUUACUUUGUCUUCUUCCCUCCAACUGCCUGUCUACUCAGGUUUCUACCUCCUUCUGUUUGCCUUUCUCUUUCAGAUUCUUCCUACCUGUCCUACUCUCAGUCCACUGUUUCCACUUAAUCUUUGUUAAGAGACAUGACACCAACCCCGAAGCAUAACUCAACUCCAAGUUCUUGGCUUGUCGUACAGGCACGUGAACAUCACAGCAAUGAUAAUGUAGCAGCCAGUGACACCUUAUAAUUGGCAAAGUAACAUUUGUAAAGUCUAUCUGGAAUUAAUUUGGGUAUUGUAGAGGACUUGUAUGAAAAGACUGGGGGAUAUUUACUAAACGUGUCACAAUUAUCAUCAGGCAUGCGAAAUUAUUAAGGUUAUUAAGGUAUUUACUAGGACUAAAGAUGCAAAUGUGCUCAUCUGAGUUGAAGUGCAGCUAAAUAAGAUGUGAUGCUGAGCUGCUUUGACAUGUGUUCUCGCUGCUGGACUCAGAAUACUAAAUAUUAAUUGAAUAGCCUGAUGUCAUCUCGACAAAAAGGUCAGUGAUUUAAUGAGUUAUGAAAAUCCAUGCAGAUCUUUUCGAGGAAAAACAAAACAUUGUACUUCCUUGGUAAAUUAUCUCCUUGCGUGUUUUAAAGUCUAACUGAAAUUAAAUACCCUUUUUUCCUGCUGCAGCAUACAACUCAUCUACAACACUUAUCUACGGAUGUCAACAUUGGUUGCUUUAGAUCCUUACUCUUCAAUACCACUGAUAAUAAAGCAGUGGCUGUGUCCGUAAUCACUCCCUUAUCCACUAAUUCACUACUCCCUAUAUACCGGUAAUAAAGACUAAAUAGUUCCCUCAAUAGUGAGCAUCAAAUCAAGAUUUCGGACACUAACUAAACGUUGUCAUUUUUUGUCGUCACCAUCUGCUGUAAAGUUGUGUGACGGUAGUUUUCACAGAUAGUAAGUAGGGAGUGAUUUUGGACACAGCCACUGUAUGUCGUUGGCUUUUAAGCUACAGUUAGCAACGCAAGUUUGUUUACUUAGUGUCUCUGUAUACCUCUGCUUGCUCAGCUGUCAGUCAAAUACAUGAACUAACCUGCAUGCUUAGAACCUACUGGAGCACUUCAGAUAUAUCUGUAAAGGCCUAUUAUUCUUCAACUAUUAAAAAAAGAUCAUAUUGGCAAAUAAUUUAAACAUUUUUGGCAUGAUAGUGAAAACAAAAGUAGGAAAGUAUGAUGUGAUUUCAGUUGGACUUUAUAUCUUAAGGGUUACCUGUCUGUCUGUCAAACACUGAAUCAUUUUAUCGCCCUGUCAGACCUGCUCAGAGGAAAUAAUCAUUGUGACUGCAGGGAGGGAUAGUGCUACAACGCUCGCUUCAGCUCUAGUCGAUUUCAUGUCUAGGAUCGAGUAGUCUCUUCUUAGUGACUAUGAGUCAGUUUGUCUCAAUUACCUGUACUUUACCUCUGUGGAGAGGGGCUAGCUGUGUUUCACUACCAGUGAACACCGACACCAGUGUGGUCAGGCUGGACUGCGGCCCCCACGAAAAUACACCUACAGUACUAUUUAUAGACCUUUUUGAUUAUUACACUAUCCUGCUGUCGCUUCACAGAUCUGAAUGUACAUUUUCUUGUCAUUUUAUAAAAAUGU